AUGGAGAUUGAGGAUGCAGAAUUGUUCAACGCUGAAGUUGAACUUAUCAACUCGUUUAUGCAAUAUGAGCACCAUAGCGAAUCUAGCCAUCGUGGUUCUGUCACAGGACGUUCAUAUGUGCAGCGUGAUAGAGAAGAGUGUUACGAUCGAAUGAUGAAAGAUUAUUUCAUCAAGCGUCCGAGAUUUCCUGCUCAUGAUUUUCGGAGGCGGCUUCGGAUGAGGAGAGAGCUUUUUGAAAGCAUCUUGAAUGCCGUUGUCAAUCAUAACCACUACUUUGAAAGGAGGGUAGAUGUCGCAGGCCGACAAGGUCUAUCACCUCAUCAGAAGCUCACAUCUGCUUUUCACAUGCUAGCUAAUGGAUGCUUUGCAGACUCAACUGACGAGUAUUGUCGACUUGCAAAAAGUAUUGCUAUUGAGAACCUGAAGUGCUUCUGUAAGGCAAUUGAAGACAUAUAUGGAGCCACAUACCUCCGCAACCCAAAUCGUGAAGACUUGAAGAGGCUUCUACGCAAGUUGUAG